AUGUACGCACACACGUACGCACGCGCCUCUCUCCCCAGUGGCCUACAACCGCACCUGCGCACGCACAGCCAGAUGCGUAGUAGUAAGAACUCCUCUGAGAGCUUCCUACACCCACAGGGCAGUCGACUGUGCCGUUCAACUAGCAAGAGGGCGAGGAAGCAACACGGAAAGACCUUUGGGAAUCGAUACGCAAAGAUGUUCGUCCAACAUCCGCCGCAUCUUCAGCAGCAACAACAAAGCCAAGGAGAAGAUGAGAACGCUUUUUCGAAUUCUGGUGGUCCAAGUACCGACCAAUCACCUCUCUAUCCCCAUGGAGGUCGGAGCUACGCCACCUUUGGUAGCCAAUCAGAUGAGAGGGGUUACUUGACCUCUUCCGCAGUCACUGGCGAUGAAGUGCUAUUUACCUCUCCUGCCAGCCAAUUCAACUUCGUACGCUCUUGGAUUGCUCAACAUCAUCACAACCACAAUCAGCAUCAUCACCAAAAUGACGUUAAUAGUGCUCACAGCCACCAAUCAGAAGUUGGCUAUCAGCCAGCAGGAGGGCUACAGGCUUACCCCCCAGUGGGCCAUCAAUUCAGCGCCCUCAUUGACGGUAGUGGCGGUGGCACUGUCAGUGGAUUCAGUCAAAUGCCCACAGCAGCGGCAUCUGCCGCGAGGUUCGGUAUGUUCCAAGCCUCGGCUGGCGGAACCAGCACAGCGGCACCAGUUUCAUCGAUGACUGGGUACUCUGGGCUCUUUCCAAGGUGCUCCCAACGGGGGGCCCACGCGGAGGUACAGUCGGCCAGGUUCGAGAAACAGCCACCGAACAAUUUAAGGAAGAGCAACUUCUUUCAUUUCGUCCUCGCACUCUACGACCGCAAUCGCCAUCCUGUUGAAGUAGAACGCGCCGCUUUUAUAGAUUUUGUGGAGAAGGAGAGGGAGCCGGAUAGCGAGAAGACAAAUAACGGGAUCCAUUACCGUUUACGUCUGCUCUUGCCAAAUGGCUUCCAACAAGACCAGGAUAUCUACGUGAGACUGGUGGAUUCCUCUAAUAAACAGCCAAUCGCCUAUGAAGGUCAGGAUAAGAACCCCGAGAUGUGCCGAGUUCUGCUUACGCAUGAGGUGAUGUGCAGUCGAUGUUGUGACAAGAAGAGUUGUGGCAAUCGUAAUGAGACUCCUUCUGAUCCCAUAAUCAUCGAUAGGUGA